UUUAAUUAAGUAAAUAAUAAAGAGUUCCUUGUGCCAUAGCUCUUAGUCUGUGCUUACUUGGUGGUGGAAGUUUAUCCAUAGGAAUGAGUCCGUCAGUUGUUUUAAUUUGCGUGCUUUCGUUUUCUUGUAUCGGAAAAUUGACUGCUCUUCAUGACGUAGAACCAUGUUCUCCUGACCAUCUGUUGCCAUGCGAUAACGGUAAAUGUGUGAAUGUAUUUCAAUGGUGCGAUAAUUAUACUGAUUGUGAAGAUGGUUCUGAUGAAGCAUAUUGCCGUGAUGAAACUGAAGCUGGUGCCUCGGAGUUAAGCCUCAGACCAACGGUACUAGUUGUUCGUCCUCAUGUUGACCUUCUUCCUGAAAUUCAAAGAGCUGUUCGGGCUGCUGUGAAUUGGCUGUUAAGACAACGUAAGCAGGACUUCAGCUGGGGAUCUUCCACCUCCCGCGCGAUUGUGGCUCUCAGUCUAGCGGAUGAAGUGAUACAGGUCGAGCCACAGGAAUUGCAAUUAAUGAAGAAACAGCUAAAUAUUUUACUUAGUAUAGAGCUUAUGAAAAAUGAGAAAAACAGGAAAUUGAGCCUUGGACGUCUUGCACAGUAUAUAAAUGCUUUGUACGCAACAUGCCAAGAUCCUCGUUAUUUUCAAGGUAUAAAUUUGAUUAAGAAACUGCGAUCCGAUACUAGGCUUGCAAGAGCAAAGAACGAUUUCAGUUUACCUAUUGUUUUUCUUACUCUCUGCCUUGCUGAGGAAUGUGAAGAAAAAGAUCUGGACUCUCUAGUCGGCAUUUUGAAGAUGAAUGGGGAUAAAUUAGAUUUAAAAUCCAUCUCUUUGAUGGCCAUGUCGUGCAUAACAGAACUGCAUGGCUUUAGACAUCGUAGAUCCGAAUUCCUUCAUUACUUAAGGGAUUUCCAAUAUAAACUGGAAGCUAUUGCUGUAAAUGAUAUCUACACAAGAGCUCUCAUUCUCCAGGCAUUACUUUCUGGCGACAAAAAUAGUUACGAUUCUUCCAUUAUAAAUUCAACUUCUCUCUUAAGACUGCAACGGGAAGAUGGUUCUUUUGGAGACAUAUUGGCUACUUACUAUGUAAUUCCUGCUUUAUUGAAUGAAAAUUUGCAGUCAUUAAAACACAGGAAAUGUGAGCAUGAGGAUGUAGUUGGAGAUGAUUUCCUAGGAAGCUAUGCAGAGGACUCUGGACCUGUUAUUAAAAUAACCUAUUCACUAUGGAUCGAAAACGGGAAUGAUGUAGAUGUUCAUUCAAUGGAAAUCGAAUUUAAAGGAAAUAAAAGCUUUUAUGACAUAAUGAAGAUGGCAAAGAAAAGGAAUCACCUCUACAGAUUUCUUUUCUACGAAAGUGAUGAUACUAAAGCUGUUUACAGCAUUGCCGGAAUUCCUGAUGAUCCUGAAAAAGGAAAGUAUUGGGUGCUAUACGUUAGCAACGCAAGUGUGAUAACUAAGAAUAAGAAACAUCUUCAAAAAAUUACCAAAGGAAUAGAUAAGACAUUUCCUUCCAACAAUAAUCAUUUUGUGUUCUGGUGGAAGUCAGCACAACCAUGAAAAUUAAUUUUUAAAGAAAUGGACUCAAGAACGUUCCCUUACUGUUGAUUUUUUAUUUGCGCAGAAUAAAUUGUUGAUUCUAUUUUUAUUUUAAAAAUUAGGACAGGCUUCCUAUGUAUAUAAAUAAAAUUCAAUGUUGAAAUUGU